AAAAAAGCGUGUGUCAACCGAAACCCCCCUCGUCUCACAACUUUGCCGCGCCAUCCCUUAUCCGAUAAGAAAAGGUGUCACAAUCCCAGAGAUGAACAAAGUAAACAAACAACCCACAACAUCGAAGAGAUCACCAAUACACAGCAAUUAUACACACACAAGACACAAUCAACAGCUAUGCCUACGGGAAUGGAUCCCACACGUAUCUAUAGAAGCGCUAUAUCACCACGUUUUCCCUGUUCCCUGGGAACACGAGCUGCUUGGUCCAAGGUGAAGAGCUCGGCAACGCCGAGUUCCGUGCCAAAGGGGAGAUUCACCACGAGAUUUGGUCUCAAUGGUGAAGUUGUACGGAUAUACCCAAACGCUGUGGAGAUUUGGGAUUGGAUUCCAGCGGCGUUGGAGAUUGAGGAUAUGGAUGAGCGUGCGAAGAAGAAGGAGGAUGUGCAGAGGUGCCUGUACCUUGUAGGGAGCUUAUCUGGGGUGGAUGGUGUUAUUGAAGAUGCAACUCCCGUGAUGAUGGACCAGAAUACAAACACGUACGUUUUGGUGUUGACAAUUCAGCUCAAGUCUGAGAGGAGAUUCCAAAUGAAGAAGUUUGGUCAGUUCUUCAUUGAAGACAGCGUUGAUAAGCCUCUGAUUCUCCCGCCAUUUGUGCAUGGAUUGUACCCAUACACGGUGAAGGCGUCAGAGAGGUUUGUUGCCAUAUCAACAGAUGAGGGAUCCUUGACUAUAUUUGAUAGUGAGCAAGGUCAUCCAUUGCCACAGAGCUAUGACGUGCUCAUAAUGAAUGGCAAUCCACUGUUUGACGUCCAAGGGAGAUACCUGAGCUACGUACCUAGCGAUCCGAUAGACUCACCUCGUACAACGUUGAACGUGCCAACAAGGAACUACUCCAUAUAUUCGAAGAUCCUACAAAGCUUAUCCAUCACUGCUCUGGAUGGUAUUUACAAGCUUACAGAGAUUCAAUCAAUCAAGACAAUGAUCAGCGAGAACAACGUCAGCGCCAACUUGAAGCUGUAUCUGUCGAAUCUGAUCAAUGGGCUCAAGGCCUCACAAACGGUGAUCAUAGUUGAUCUUGUUACCGGGGAUCAACUCGCAAACUUUUCUCCUCCUAAUGGCUGCCAGUAUAUCUCAUUGUCUCCUUUUGAUACGCAGCUACUCACAGUUUCACAGAGAGGUGAUCAAGUAUACAGGUGGGACCUGUCUCGUAUGCCCAUUGAAGUGUCGCUUGUCGAUAUCCAGACCAGAGGUAAAACUGCGUCAGUUAUACAGGACAUGUACUGGGUUGAUAACACCACGUACACCAUGGUCACAAGAUCAAGUGGCUCUAUACAUUGCUUCAAUACAAAGGACUCCAAAUGGAUCAUGCCGAAUAUGCGUGCGUUGAGAGUGUCCUCCAAUAGUUCAGAAAUCUUUGCGCUUGUUGGCGAUGAAAUAUACAACUUAGAAUUCAACGGUAUAUCCAACGCAAAGUAUCAGCUUCCUGAUACACCAAUUCCAAAAUCACUGUUACCUGAUCAUAUCCCAGUGAAACCGGUUGAAGAAGUCGUUGUGAGAACCGAUAUCAAGGACCCAGUUGCUUUAAAAUCCACAGAGGCACUGGCUCAAGUUGAAAUCCAAACAUGCUUCUUAGGCCAACCAAUAUAUGACCGUAUUGGUUUUGCAAAGUUGAAAUCACACGUUACUGUCACCGAUAUAUUUGGGAAUGAUGUGAAACUGCAGAAAGUUGAAUUUGGUAAGGGAUGUGGAGAGGCCAUUUUCUCAAGUGAUCAGGAGGAUCUAGAGAGUGCCAUGAAGAGUGUGAUGAUGCUCUCUGUCGAUACCGACACAGUUGCAAAUGAUGUGAUCUGAAUUAGGACUUGCGUUCCUGCUAUAUGAUUAGAUUCGAAGACUGUUUUUUUAAGACGAAGGGAGG